GGGAAGAGAGAGAGACGAGAAUGCGGAUUGUUCUUUUGCUGCCUGUGGUUCAAGGUGUCGCACUGAUGGAAAAAUAAAUAUAAAACGCCUGUUCAUGCGUCCAUAAAUCCAAAUCAAGUCCGUCGAGUGGAAAUGGUUUGAUUUCGUUGUAAUAAGAAAAAAAAAAGGCGCAACAACAACAACAAGCUCGUGUACGUGUAAACAGCACGGAAAUGGACUCUUUACUUGGUGUGUGUGUGUUUUAUUAAGAGUAUGGGAUUCGUUUGCAUGAGUUUUCGCGUUGAAAAGCAGCCGAAGAAGGAAAUUAAACCGAUAAAGACCUAUAACAAAGAGUCCGCGUGCAUGUCUGCAAAUCUCGCGAGAAGGCGCGUGAUUUGAGCACUUGGUUUGACAUCCGAACUUUGUAAUUCUGCUGUUUGGUUUGUCGGUUGCUCUCACGACGAAGUGGAUCCGAAACCUGUCGGGUUUGGUUUAUCUGUGUACUGUUUACACAGGUAACUAAAUGCGCUAUAUCCGUGUGCAAUUAUAGCGCUGUGACUCAAAAUAUGAGUCAUUUCAGACGGUAUAUCUAACCCGGUAAUUAGCAAGCUAGGUAAGGGAGUUUCAGCGGUGCGCGCGCGGCGUCCAGGGAAACCUGUGGUAUUAUAAUCGAGGAUGACGAGGCACAUCAUGUCGAUUAGGAAUGAUAAAAGAGCAAGUGCUUCCUAGUCUGACUAUACUGAAGGAAACGUGAAAAACCACCUUAUCAACAGGAUAUGAAGCAACCUUUAUAAACUGAAACAGAAGCUUGGAUCACGUUUGGAACCUUGUGCAACCUUGUUGCUUAAACGUGCAUGUCAACUAUUACAGCCGGCCUUUUAACGUCACACCUUAUGUUGAAGGAACGCUGCCAACGUUUCCCUGUACAAUGGAUGACCUAAGUUUAAAAGCCUGUGUGCAUUAUCAGGUUGUGCUAGACUGUGAACUGGUCUCUCCCUGCUUCAUUCACAGUGCUCUUCCAGUGCUUUCCUCAAGCCCUUUAGUUUGUAAGAGCAUUGACUUCAUUUGAGCGAUCGCCCAAAAACGUAGCAGAGGCCUUUUAGUGUUUCUCAAAACGUUUAUUCAAGUGUAUGGAAGUGAUCUCGCCCUUGAGUGUCUCUUCACUCUGUGAGUGGAGAUAUGUCUGAAAGUUUGAAAGACAAGAUGGUCAAGUUCCUGUCCCCUGCUUCGAAGAACACCAAUGGCUCCAACUCGGACACGCAGUUGGGUGAACGGAUUGGUCCCGAAGUCCGCCGCCGGCACCAUACCAUGGAGCGGGACUCGAAAGCUGAGCACCGAUUUGUCCGGCGCAGUGUUGUUUGUGACUCAAAUGCCACAGCUUUGGAGCUUCCUAGCAAAAUGGUUUUCCUGAAUGUACCACCUGAUUUUCCAACUGCCUCCACUGAUGAUAACAUUAGCGAGAUUAAAAUCACCGCUCAGCCUGAGAUCGUUCCGCUGACUGGUGAGCCGGUCGUUGAGCAGGUGGAGGGAGCGAAAGAUGGCAUUCAUGAGGAGAUAGUUGCAGAACAGGAGCCUGUGGUGUCAGCCAGUCAGGUUGAGGAGACGAAGAAAGAACCACAUCUGGAGCCACAGAGUAAGCCAUCGGAGCAGGAGUCGGGCAGUGGUGUCGGCACGAAACAGGAAAAUAAGGAGGAAGAUGAAGAAGCCAAGGCGAAGGCUCGUGUGGAUUCAGGGCAACAGCGUGAGCCUGAGAAGAAGGACCCAGAGGACAUAGAGGAGGUGGAGACGAAGGCUGUCGGCACGUCACCCGAUGGGCGAUUUUUAAAGUUUGACAUUGAGAUUGGACGUGGCUCAUUCAAGACUGUGUAUAAAGGACUGGAUACAGAGACGACUGUGGAGGUGGCAUGGUGUGAACUGCAGGACCGCAAGUUGUCCAAGUCAGAGCGGCAGCGCUUCAAGGAGGAAGCUGGCAUGCUGAAGGGCCUGCAGCACCCCAACAUCGUGCGCUUCUAUGAUUCCUGGGAGGCUCCCUGCAAAGGGAAGAAAUAUAUAGUGCUUGUGACGGAGCUCAUGACAUCUGGAACCCUGAAGACGUAUUUGAAGCGGUUUAAGGAAAUGAAGAUUAAAGUCCUGCGCAGCUGGUGUCGGCAAAUCCUGAAAGGGCUUCACUUCCUUCAUACCAGGUCUCCCCCCAUCAUCCACCGUGACCUCAAGUGUGACAACAUCUUCAUCACUGGGCCCACUGGAUCUGUCAAGAUUGGUGAUCUGGGCCUUGCUACUCUCAAGAGGGCUUCUUUUGCCAAGAGUGUCAUAGGUACCCCUGAGUUCAUGGCGCCUGAGAUGUAUGAGGAGAAGUAUGACGAGUCAGUGGAUGUCUAUGCCUUUGGGAUGUGUAUGCUGGAGAUGGCUACUUCUGAGUACCCGUACUCCGAGUGCCAGAAUGCGGCACAGAUCUAUCGCAGAGUGACCAGCGGAGUGAAGCCUGGCAGUUUCGAUAAGGUAGCCAUUCCUGAAGUCAAAGAAAUCAUCGAAGGAUGUAUUCGUCAAAACAAAGAUGAGCGAUAUUCCAUCAAGGACCUGUUAAACCACGCCUUUUUUCAGGAAGAGACAGGGGUUCGUGUCGAGCUUGCUGAAGAGGAUGAUGGGGAGAUGGUGGCGAUCAAACUAUGGCUGCGCAUUGAGGAUGUUAAGAAGCUCAAAGGGAAAUACAAGGAUAACGAGGCCAUUGAGUUUUCCUUUGACCUCCACAAAGAUGUCCCAGAUGAUGUGGCACAGGAGAUGGUUGACUCAGGCUAUGUGUGUGAGGGCGAUCAUAAGACCAUAGCCAAGGCCAUAAAGGACCGUGUGGCUCUCAUCAGCAGGAAGAGGGAACAGCGGAAGUUGGUGCGGGAAGAACAGGAGAAGAGGAAGCAGGAAGAGGAAAGGGGUCAGCAGCCUCCCAGUGAGCCCACUCCUGCUCACUCUUCCACCACAAACCCCCCCAUGUCAACCUUGACACCAGUUCCCAUAGAGACAGAGGAGCCAGAGGGGGAGCAGCACCACCUGCAGCAGCAGCCUGGAGUGCCUGCUUCAUCUGUAGGUGGUAUGGAUGGCCAGUACUCACUGACUGCAUCCGAGUCUCAUCCUGCACAGCCUGAGCAGCAACCUCAGACCUCUGCCACACAACAUAACCCUCAUUCCCAACUUCCUCAGCAGCAUGCUGUCCACCCACACAGCCUGCCACAGGUUCCUUCUUCACAAGGAAGCAGUACCCAGCCUCUGAUUCCUGUGUCCCAUCCUGAAUAUAGUGCUCCACAGCAGCAGAACACACUGCCAGCUUCUGUUCAGUCUAGCAACUCCCAACAGCAUAACCAGCCCCCGCUGGACGCUGCACCUCAGAGCUCAACUCAGCCGCCACCACCGCACGGCUCUCAGGUGGUCCAGGUUCCUCAGAGCGUUUCCCAGUCUCCAGAUCAGAAUCAAACACAGUCCAUGCUGAUUCCACCAUCUGCAGAGAGUGGCUUGUCAGAUGCGGCUUCAGGAUUGAGUGAUGGGAAUGAGGGCAAGCACGAAGAAAGUUCCACAAAGCGCUACCAGCGCCGCUCAGUUCGCAGCCGCUCACGUCAUGACAAGUCUGCCAAGCCCAAGCUUGUUGUACUUAAUAUUUCCAAUAUCGGUGACAGAGUGGCUGAAUGCCAACUGGAAACCCAUAACAGGAAAAUGGUGACAUUUAAGUUUGACCUGGAUGGAGACAACCCUGAAGAAAUUGCACAGAUCAUGGUCAAGAGUGACUUCAUUCUGGAGAGUGAGCGUGAGUCUUUUAUAGAGCAGGUGCAAGAGGUUAUAGAUAUGGCAGAUGAGAAAAGAGAAGCUGCUAAAGAAGGCCAUUCUCAGAUGACAGAUGAUGCAAACCAACAAAUACCGGCGAUAUCAAGUCCUAAACUGCCAGCUCUGCCACCCAGCGUGGCUGCACAGGUGGUGCACUCAGCAGGGCGGCGUUUCAUUGUCAGCCCUGUACCAGAAUCACGACUUCGAGAGUCAUUUUUUGGCACUCCUUCUGCCAGCACAUCUUUUGCAGAUGACCUGGCAGUGUCUGAUCCUGCCCCAGCUAACCAUACACAACAGGGGCAAACUAUAAUGCCUCCCAGCACCAGCCAGCCCUCAGUAUUACCUCCUCAACCUGUAUACCAAGGCCCAGUUGCACAGAACGCCUCUGCUACUAUGCCUGUCGGUUCCAAUUCCCCACCUACUUCUGUUCAGAUACCUCGAACAGGCAGGACAUCCCCUUCCCUUGCCCCAUCAGAUCAGCUUCUCACUCAGCGUCGCACCUCGCUUCCCACUCCAUCUGUUCCCUACCAGCUGCCUGAGAGCAGCAUCACUGUUCCAACCCCUGUUGGAGAACAGCUUCCUGCUCCUGCCCACGCUUCCACACCUGUGCCGGUAGUUGCCCCCAGCCAGUGUGCGGAGAGUGAGGGGGAAACACAGGGAAAGUCACCAGGCAUCGAGGAUAUCCAGGCACUGGACAAGAAGCUCCGUUCUCUAUUCCAUGACCAAGGUUCCUCCUCAGGCUCCUCAGCCCAGCCUGAUGCAUCAGAUGUGGCCCCUACCUCCUCACCUCCCAACACCAUCAGUUCUCCACCUCCUGGUCUGGCCUCCACUGCAGGCCAUGUGGCACCAGCUAGCUUGUCUCUGAACUCCAGUGGGCACUUUGCUCCUGGCAUGUUUACCUCUCAAAGCCAAGGAGGUCCAACUACUGUACAAGUGCAAACUGGUCAAGUAGAUCCUGGUGUACAAAGACUACAGACUUUAAAUGGACCCCAAGAUGGCCUGACUACUUUAGAGAACAAACAGCCAGUGACGCCACCAACUGAUGAAGGUUUUAGACUUGGCCGAUUUCAGGUUUCUGUGGCCGUUGAUCAAGUUGUGGAUGGUACCUCUUGUCAGAAUACCAUACUGUUAUCUUCAUCCACAACUUCAUCUACAUCCUCAACAGUCUCAAGCCCUGAAAACACUCUUCAUAAGCAUCAAACCCUGCCAAGCCCUGGACAUAACCUUUUAGAAUCCAUUCCUCCUCCUGCUUCUCCUCCUGCUGCUGCUGCUGCUGCUACUACUACGACAACAGUUGGGCGCUUUCAGGUGACCUCCAGUGCUGAUGUCAAAGUGGGACGUUUCUCAGUUACUCCAGCUGGAAAGGAGGAUGCAGGCUCAAAAGAAGAGGAAGAUGUUAGCAAAUCAAGCGUUCCCAUAGUCCAGUCUAACUCCCAGAACUUAAGCAGUGAUGACUCUGAGCCAGAGGAUGAAGCCUUUAAGAGAGAGAUCAGACAGCUAAGGGAGAGGCAUUCGAUGGAGAGCCAGGCCUUGCAGUCUAAACAGAAGAAGGAACUUGAGGAGCUGUUUGAACGGAUGGGCAAAGCACGUCCCUCCAUAGUGGCUUCCUCCACUGUAUCGGUGGCAGGAGGCCGGCGCAGGCUAACCAAAAGCAAGAGCAACAAAUCCUCCCGUAGUGGCAGCAUCCACAGCAGCCCUCAUCAGCAAGGAGAUAAACGUAACAAACAGGCUUCAGUCAGUCAACCAGCUACAGAGAACGUUCCAGAUCCUCCAAAUACAUUUGUUAAGGAUGUUCAGUCAGAAGGGACCAUCCUCACAAAUAAAGCAGAAAAUGGGUCGAACCAAGCUGCUAACCUUCCACGAAAAGGCACGUUUACAGAUGAUCUCCACCAGCUGGUGGAUGAUUUUGCUCGGGAUGCCAUGAGCCACGCACAGGUCAAGAAGAAUGGCAAACAAAAUUCACAAAGCUUUGAUGGAGUUCCUCGCAAGUUCUCUGCACCAGGGCAGUUGUGCACCAUGGGUGGUCCUGUAUGUGCUCCCUGCUCCAACUCUUCUGCUGGAAGGAAGGGUUCAUUGUGCUUGACAACCCAGCAGCACACCUACCCCUGUGCUCCUUAUGGCUCCACGCAGUGGGUGGGGCCAUCAGGAAAUGCAGGCGGCUUGUUACAGCCUACAGCCACAAAUGCUGUUCAGUCAGGUUUCCACGUGACAGCAGGAGCUCACAAAGCAGGAACUAAUGGUGGAGGAACGAACAUGCGGCCCACUCAGGCAAGCUGAGAUAUCAAAGGGACGUCACAACACACAUGAAUUUAGCCUAAUUGUUGACUGUGAACUGUUUUCAAUGAUCUAUAAGCAUAUUUAGUCCCAAACUAGACUUGAUCUCUGUCUGGAAAACCAGCUUUUCAGGAGGUAUGGCAGUGUAGUACAACAAAGAGAUAUACUCUGAAAAUUCUGAAGUGUGUCUCCUCUCUUUUUUUUUUUUUUUUUUUUUUAAUUGGUGGGAAAAUGUAAGUAGACUGUUUACAAGUAGCCAGGAAGCCUUUAAAGGUCUCAUUCUGUGACUUGGUUUGUGUGUCAGAGGUAUGUGCAGUACGGCAAUAAGACUUCAGGCCUUACAGGUGGAUGUAUACGGAUUGGUGUGACAGUGCUAGAAUAAGGCAAAACUAAAUCUCUGGCCUUAAUUACUAAGCAUUAGGCUCUUUAAAUGGGGGUGCAUGGAUGUCAGGCUUUUGUAAUGUAAAAAGGUUCUUAAUAUGCAGCUAAAUGGUUAACAUUUUUCCUCAGCAGCUUGCAGUUUAGCUUGAAUGUCUCCUUAUCUACACUGUAUAGAAAGUGAAAACAGCGUGAUGGGUUUGGACUGUAAAUGCUGCCAGUACACGUCUUCUGUACCUAAGCAAGACAGCAAUAAACAAGGUGAAUAAAGUUCGGAGCAAGGAAAAGAUUUGGUCUGGUGAAGCAGAGUUUUAGGUUUAAAUUAUACAGCCUUAUUACAUAGUAAUCACAAGUACUAGGGGGACCUGUUUUCUUUUGAGAUUUUGAAAUGUUUUUUUUUUUCCUCCAAAAGUUCAAAAUGUUAGAAUUUGACCUAAGGACAGAGAUGUGCAAUAUAUGAAGGUUAAAUAAGCAGGGUGAUGGAGCACUUGACAAACUUUACACCUUUUUCCAUGAUAAGUAUUUGCAUUGUGACUUUUUUUUUGUAUUUGUGACUGCAUUUGACUAUACAUCAUGUAGGCCUGUAUUCCCUUCAAAACUCCUACUGUAACUUGGUGGCUGUAUCAAGGGUGUGUGGGUUGUAGGCAUUCUACAGUGGCUAUAGCUCAGAGCUUUCUGCAGAUUCCUGGUCUGCAUGCGUAUGGGGUGCCUUCUUAAAUGAUCUUAUUUGUUGUGCCAGCCUUGACACACAGUUAUCCUCCCUAUAAUGCAUUUUUCUCAAAAUACAUUUGUCAGAGUUCACACUGGCUAUUACUAUCCUGCUCAAAUUGGUAGAAAGUUCUCUCUUUAUUGAAAAAAAAAAUAUAUAUAUAUAAUAUAAAUAAUAUAGGAAUGUUGCUGUGAAGCAAAUCAAAGUAUCCAAAAUUCACACUUUGCAGAUUACAGUAUUGCACAAUUUCUUUACGCGCUCAGUACCACUCUUUUAACAUAUUUACAAAGCCACAAAACAGUGCCAUUCCCACACAGAAGUGAUUUUCUUUCACCUCUGAAAUGAUUCGCUCGACUUCUCUAGAGAAGGAAAAACGUUACUGCAAUGCAGAAUAUGCACCGUUUUAAAAGGUUAAGCAGGCUCGGGAGGCUAAUGUUACUUUUGAUACUUGUGCAUAAAUUUUUCUAAACCUUUGCUUUAAUCUGAUUUUCAUAAACCACUUGAUCACAGCAGUUUUUAAAGUACCACUUGUGUCACAACACACGAUUUCAGCUGUACUCGCAUCGUUCUCAAAGCUGCAUGUUUUAAAACCGGAAUAUUUCACCUGUUUGCUAAAUCAGCAUUAAGCGUUUAGGUUAGAAAAAGGUAAUACUACUAAUGCAUCGAUUCUCAGUUUUGUCCGAGGUCUUUGGUGACUGUUGAUGGUUGUGUGUUUAAUUUUUUUUAAGUGUAUAUACCAGAGAUGAAUUAAAACAUUUUGGAAAUGA